AUGAAUUGGUUCGAUGCUUCGGGGCUAACGAGUUUAGCCAAGUCAGCAUUGAAGGAGGCGCAGAAAACUAUCGAUAAAGCCUUAGAUAUUCAAGAUGACAGCAGUGAAGAACAAGAAGAAGAAGCCCUAAAGCCUUCUUCUUCGAAGUCAUCGCCAGGCUCCGGCAGCACACCACAAAAAGAUAACUCGGACUUUUUUUCUUCAUGGGGUCUUACCGUCAGCGCGGAGAGUGGAAAAUCUGAUCCAAUAAAAGAGCAACCCGUUGUUACAGAAAGCCCUUCGAAAGCUAAUCCUUCACAAACUUUAUGGGGCUCAUUUGCUGGCUCGUUUUUUGAACAACCAAAAUCAGAAAGCAACACAAUUGUUCAUCCACCGAAAGCAAAGUCCAUGAAUGUUAUUUCAGAUAAGUAUGACAGUCAAGACGAUUUGUUUUCUAAAAGCCAACUUGUUAUGUCAGAUGGUGCCGAUUGUUUGAAUUUAAAAAAAGAGGAUGUUAUGAAAAAUGACGAUAGACGUGAUUCAACUAGGUCAAAUGUGUUGUCAUUUAUGUCAAGUAGAAAUAGUUCUGAUUCCGUAGAAGUGUUGUCACAAAGCUUGAAGUCUACACCAGAUUCAGAGGCAGCGUCAUGCCAAUCUAUUUCACAUAGCAGUAGUGCGGGCCUUAAACUUAAUUCAGAGUCUGUUGAAAUAUUACCCGACAGCCUUAUAAGCCCUAGUUCUAUAGAAUGUUUAGGUUUUGAUAGUUAUGCAAGUGAUAGGAACAGUAGUUCUUCUUCUAACAUAUCAAAUGAUUUUUUAAAUAAAAAAUUUACUCCUAUUGGGGAAAGAACUGAGAGGGCUGAGACAGCUGAUAGUGUCAGUUUGGUUGCUGAUGAUGAUGAAGAUACAAUGUCUUAUAACUCUAUAUCUGAAUGCACUGCCCCCACUGUUUUAGAUACUGAUGAAAAAUCACUUAGCCCAUUUCCUAAAAUUACUAAAAUCUUGAAAGGAAAUGAAAAUAUAAUACACUUAGAACAGCCUUUACUUGUACACAAAAUGCAAAUUAGUGAGAACUCUUCUAAUGAUGGCUCUUGGUCUGACAGAACUUUAAAUGCUGAUAAUGAUAGUGUUACUUUGGAAAAUGCAGAAGAACAAAAGAAAGAAAAUGAUCCAGAGGAUAUUUUAAUGGAGAAGUGGAGUGAUUCAUCUUCAUUUUACAAUGUAUCAGCAGAUUUGUUAAGGUCUGAGAGCUCAGCAUUUGUAAAUGUUGAGAAAAAGCAAUGCAGUGCUGGCAGUAGUGAUUCUUCACAGAAAGAAUGUAGUGUAAAAGAGAGAACUUCGCCGGUAAGCUCUGAUAGCAAAAGUGAUUUGGUCAAAAUUGGUUCAGAUCGUACAUCAGGCCACACAUCAGGUGAUGAACUGGAAACAGCCACAUCAUCAGAUAUUGAAAUUAUUCCCAGUCCAAAUGGAGAUAGCAGCAAUGGUUGUAGAAAUAGCCCCGGUAAAUAUUGUUUUAAACAAAAACACGAUGGUGCAACAUCCCCUAAUCUAGUAGAUUUGGUGCUUGGUAAAAAUCUGGCAACUAAAAUUCGUGGUCACAAUCGAGAGUUAUCUGAAGCAUCAAUACAAAGUAAUACUAGUGACGAGAGCCAGUGUUCUGAAAAUGAUCGUUUGAUGCGACGACUCUGUGAAAUGGCAGAGAUUUUGGACGCAAGAGAGAAUAGACUGAUGGAAGUAAGUAGAAGUAAUGCAGAGCUGGCUGAGUGUAAUGCUAGUUUAAAAAGCCAAAUGGAAACCUUACUGGCAAAACAUGAAGGUGGUGACAUAAAUACAAUAACCGAAGAUUAUACUCAGAGAAUGUCGGCACUUGAGAAAAAAUUCCAACAAGCAAUCAGAGAAAAGGAUCAAUUAAGAAAACAACUAGACACCCUCAAGUCAGAUAUGUCUCGUAAGAACUCUUCGGAACUAGAGACCACAUUGAAGGAGAAAGAUGAGAUUAUUGCCCAGCUUCAUGAGGAAGGAGAGAAGUUGGCUCGCCAAGAGUUGCAGCAUUCAAAUAUUAUAAAGAAAUUGAGAGCCAAAGAGAAAGAUAAUGAACAGGUUAUUAAAGGAUUGCGGGAUAAAAUAGCAGAACAAACAGCGGAAAUAGACCGCAUGAAGAGGUCCAUCGCAGCCAAGGAGGAGCUGGAGGUCAGCCAGAUAGAAGCCGUGUACAGACUCACCACCGCUAAUAAGAAGAUGGAGGCGGAACUCGCAGAGACGAAAAGUUCACUAGACGACACCACCCAAAAGCUGGAGAGCGCCCGAACGUCCCUGGAGGCGUCGAAGCGCGAGCUGGGCGAGCUGCAGCGGCACAGCGGCGAGCUGCGGCGCGCGCGCGCGGCGCUGGCGCAGGCCGAGGCGGCCGCGCGCGCGCCGACGCCGCCGCCGACGCGCUGCGCCACGAGCUGCGCCAGCUGCGCGCCGAGCGGGCACGCGGUGCGGCUCCUUUGUUCUUUGUUUUAUAUUACU